CUCGGUCACUCCAGACUCGCGAAACCUUCCAUUAUAGAGUGGAGGAUUUUAUUUCAUCAUGGCCGGAAUGGUUAAGUUCAAUCACGUAGUGGUGGGAGCGGGAAUCGUUGGAUCAUGGACAGCACUGCAUCUGAGGAAUUUGGGGAAGAAAGUUCUAUUACUGGAGCAGUUUGGCGAGCCAAACACCAGAGCCAGCAGUCAUGGCCAAACCCGGCUUGUUCGAUCCAGCUACCCUGAACCGUUUUUCGCAGAGAUGAUGCCACACGCUAUAAAAAUGUGGGAAGAUUUAGAGAAAGAAACUAAAAAGGAACUCUUGCUGAAGGCGCCUACUCUCUGCGUAUCGGAGGAUCCCAAUAACGACGACUUCGUCAAAAGCAUAGAGAAUACGAGGCGCCUGUAUCCACAUCUCCUUGAGGAGUUAAAACCGGGAGAGAUCGGUUCCCGUUUUAACGGAAAGUUGAGGUACAGCGACUCGACUGGAGCUUUCAUCGAUAAAAGCGGUCGUGUGGUCAAGGCUGUUAAGUCUAGGCUUACAGUUCAGGGAUUGUUCAGAGAAAAAGGCGGAGAAAUGUGGGAGAACUGCGAAGUGCUGGGGAUCACGCCGCAAGGAGACCAAGUGGAGGUUGUGUGCCAGAAGGGGAAGGUGACAGCAGAGUCCGUGGUGGUUUGCGCCGGAACCUGGGCUAAGAAACUACUCACACCACACCUGGUGCCGGACAUACCUCUUCAGCCGAAUUUAGUAGGUGUCUAUUACUGGAAAGAAAAGGUGAAGGGUGCUUAUAGUCUCUCCUCUGGAUUCUCAACUUUUCUGGAUUUUGCCGAACCAAGCGUAUACUGCUUGCCUGGACACGAAUACCCUGGUCUAGUAAAGGUGUGCAUUCACAAGGGGACUCCAUGCAAUCCAGACGAGAGAGAUAGGACCGAUAUCGACAAAGAUUUGGAAGAAAUUCUCCGAAAGUAUGUGGAGGAUCACAUGCCUCUGUGUGACAGCUCGAAACCAGCCAUUGUAGAAAGGUGCAUGUACACGAUGACCCCAGAUGAAAUUUUUCUCGUUGAUUCUGUACCUGGCCACAAAAAUAUUGUUUUUGGAGCUGGAUUUUCAGGAACCGGAUUCAAAACAUCCCCUGCGAUUGGCAAAAUGUUGAGUCAGAUGGCAACUGGUGAAACCCCCUUUUUAGAUCCCUCUCCCUUCAGCCUAUCAAGAUUCAACAAGAAAUAGACGAUGGCAGAGAAUAUUGAUGGAUCUGAAGAAAUAUUGGAUCACUACAUUUGUAUUUUUAUUAAAAAAAAUCAAAUAAAGCAAUCUCA